CGACACCCUUCCCGCCUCCCUCCCGCUCUCUUCUCACUACCCAUUUUUUCUUGAGAAACUUGGGAAGCUAUUGUUAGUGACUGGAGGGUAGUAUUAGGAGCCCUGGAGAAGGGCUGCCGGGGUCCAAGUCUCCAUCCACCACUUACUGGCUCCGGGACCUCCGCAAGUCACUUAAUCUCUGUGUGUCUCAGUUUCAAGUGUAAAAUGGGGGAAGUGAUAGUAACCUGUCUCAUAAGGCGGUUGUGAGAAUUACGUGAGGUAGUAUCUUUUAAGUGCUGAGAGCCGAGCGUGAUGCACAGCAAAAGUAUGUAAGUGCUGUUCAUCUUUUUGAGUCUGGUACUAAAAGGAGAGUGUGUCCUUCCUCUCCCCACGCCGAAAAUAAUUGCCCAAGAGUCCAAGGGUAGGGAAAAAAAAAUUUUUUUUUCUUUUUUGAGACUAUGGGCUUUUGUUUGUAUGGCAUGUUUUUUAAAAAAUCAAACAUUAAUAAACAACUUAGUUGUACAUCCUACAGCAGAGAAAAGACAGAUGUUAGAGUAAUACUGAAGUUGAAAACUGAAAAGUUUUGUUUGGGAAACCACAUGAAAAAAGGGCCAGAACUUAUUUGUCCUGAAAAGAAUUAACAUAUCAAGUCUGAGACUGCUAUCCUUAGAAAGUUCUGCUGCAAGGCUACACCUUGUUUGGCAUCUGGAAACAGUAUAGUUUAUGCUGUACACUAUGGUUUAUGCUGAAGUUACCAGCCUCCAGGAAAAACCUGGUCCUGUGAGUCUGUAAUGAGCUUCCCUGGGCACAGACAUUGCUGGAUUUUCCUUAUUGGGGGAAAGAGAGUGCUCUGUUUGACCCUGUCUGGCCGGAAGAGAACAUAAAGAAGCCUGCACAUGGAUGCCUGCAAACUUCACUUGUGUCUUUUUCCAUUACGCUCAUGUAUGUCCAUACUGCAUUGCUGUAAUACAAGUUAGCCAUGAGUACAACCACAUGCUGAAUCCUUAAAUAACAGAUGCGGGUGAAAGAACCUUCCAAAGCUUUGCCUGAGAAAGCCAAAAGGAGGAAAAGACCUGCUAUACCUAGUGAUGAAGACUCUUCAGACGACAUUGCUGUAGGUUUCACUUGCCAGCAUGUAAGUCAUGCUGUCAGUGUGAAUCAUGUGAAGAAAGCAAUAGCUGAGAAUGUGUGGUCAGUUUGCUCGGACUGUUUAAAAGAAAGAAAAUUCUGUGAUGGGCAGCCAGUACUUCCCUCUGACAUAUGGUUGUGCCUCAAGUGUGGUUUUCAGGGAUGUGGUAGAAACUCAGAAAGCCAACAUUCACUGAAGCACUACAAGAGUUGGAGAACAGAAUCUCAUUGUGUUACAAUUAGUCUGAGCACAUGGAUUAUAUGGUGUUAUGAAUGUGAUGAAAAAUUAUCAACACAGUGUAAUAAGAAGGUUUUGGCCCAAACAGUUGAUUUUCUCCAGAAGCAUGUUUCUAAAACACAAACAAGUGCAUUUUCUAGAAUCCUAAAACUUUGUGAGGAAAAAUGUGAAACAGGUGAAAAAAAGAAGGGAAGAAAAGGCAGCAGUGUACCGUCUGUGAAAGGAAUUUCAAAUUUAGGAAAUACUUGCUUUUUUAAUGCAGUCAUGCAGAACUUGGCACAAUCUUACAUUCUUAUGGAACUGAUGAAUGAGAACAAAGAAAAUGGGACAAAACUCAAGAUUUUUCCUUCCCCAGACUCUCAGCUGGACCCAUUAAUAGUGGAACUUUCAAGCCCUGGAACAUUGACCUCAGCCUUGUUGGUGUUUCUUCACAGCAUGAAGGAGACUGAAAAAGGACCACUUUCUCCUAAAGUUCUUUUUAAUCAGCUUUGUCAGAAGGCCCCCCGAUUUAAAAGUUUCCAGCAACAGGACAGUCAGGAGCUUCUGCAUUAUUUGCUGGAUGCAGUGAGGACAGAAGAAACAAAGGCCGUCUUUUCAGCUUACAAGAGAAUACAAGCUAGCAUUCUAAAAGCAUUUAACAACCCAACUACUAAAACUGCUGAUGAUGAUACUAGAAAAAAAGUCAAAGCGUAUGGAAGAGAAGGUGUGAAAAUGAACUUCAUAGAUCGGAUCUUUAUUGGUGAAUUAACUAGCACAGUCAUGUGUGAAGAAUGUGCAAAUAUCUCCUCUGUGAACGAUCCCUUUAUUGAUAUUUCACUUCCUAUAAUAGAAGAAAGGGUUUCAAAACCGGUACUUUUGGGAAGAAUGAGUAAAUAUAGAAGUUCGCAGGCGACAGAUAAUGAUCAGUACAGUGACACUGUUACUAUAGAAAAUACUUCUGAACCCAGAGCCACCAAGAACCAGUCUUCAUCUAAAGAUAAGAAUCAACUAGUUCAUGGCAGAAAAUGUGUAAGAAAAUUGUCAUCUGGAGAAGAUAGAGCAGUCGUCAUAUGCCAGAAAAAUGAGCACCUUGAGAUGAACGGGGAUUCCCCAGCAUUUGCAAGCAUCACGAAUACCGAGUCGGCUCUGACUGAAAGCCCCACCGAUGGCAGUGAGAAAGAGGCCAGCCGUUCUGAAAGUAGCGCUGAUGCAGACAGCGAGGCUUCAGAAUCCGAAAGUGCUUCUGAGCAGGCUGUGUUGUUGAGGUCUAGCCGUGGGUGCUGUGUGCACCCGCAUGCCCCCUCUCCCCAGCCGCCAGCAGCUGGACCACCCACCAGCGAGCCUGGCACUGGUGACAAGGGAGUGGCUGAAGCUAUUUCCGAACUUCAUCUGAGCAGCCCUGUAACUGGAGAUAGAGAUUUUGAUAGAGAGAAUAAGCCACCAAGUGUUCCAAAUAGUUUAUGUUCUUCAGAGGAGAAACAUAUGCUGUCUCCUCGCCCCCCAAAUGCUUUUCAGACCCUUUCUCAGAGCUAUGUAACUACUUCUAAAGAAUGCUCACUUCAGUCCUGUCUCUACCAGUUUACAUCUAUGGAAUUACUAAUGGGGAAUAACAAGCUUCUGUGUGAGAAUUGUGCUGAAAAGAAGCAGAGGUACCAAAAGGAAACCGGUUCCCCAGAAAAGAAAGCAGAAGUUUAUACUAAUGCCAGGAAGCAAUUGCUCAUUUCUGCUGUUCCAGCUAUCCUAAUUCUCCAUCUUAAAAGAUUCCAUCAGGCUGGCUUGAGUCUUCGAAAAGUAAACAGACAUGUAGAUUUUCCACUUAUACUUGAUUUAGCACCAUUCUGUUCUGCUACUUGUAAGAAUGUAAGUGUGGGAGAUAAAGUUCUCUAUGGUCUCUAUGGCGUAGUGGAACAUAGUGGCUCAAUGAGGGGAGGUCACUACACGGCUUAUGUGAAAGUGAGAACACCCUCCAGGAAAUUAUUGGAGCAUAUCACUGGAAAGACAUAUGUACCUGGUUUGAAAGAACCUGACAGUGAAUCAACAGGCCAGUGGGUCCAUGUUAGUGACACUUACGUGCAGGUGGUUCCAGAAUCAAGAGCACUUAGUGCACAAGCGUACCUUCUUUUUUAUGAAAGAAUAUUAUAAUUGCCUGUUAAUAAUUAGUGAUAAUGAUGAUUUAGAUCGCUUUUGUUUAAAUGCUGCAACAAUAACCAUAAUAUGUAAUGUGCCUUUGUAAUCUUUUCUCUUCUGUAGGAAUAGCAUGUCCCUCAAAUGCCCCUGAAGAUUUUUACCAUUUUGGUGAAUCCUUUUAAAGUAAAUUAAAUUUACUCAAUGCUUUCAAAUUUAUAUUCUUAAAAUAAAUGUAAACACAAGUUUUUUUUUUUUUUUUGUAAAGAUUUUAUUUACCCGAGAGAGAGAGAAUGAGAGAGAGCAAGCACAUGAGGGGGGGAGGGUCAGAGGGAGAAGCAGACUCCCCGCUGAGCAGGGAGCCCGAUGCGGGACUCGAUCCAGGGACUCCAGGAUCAUGACCUGAGCCGAAGGCAGUCGCUUAACCAACUGAGCCACCCAGGCGCCCUAAACACAAGUUUUUAAGGAAUAUUUGUCCUAGAAAAAAAACAGAAUUUGCAGCAGUAAGGAAAACCCCCUUAUAAUGUGGCUUAUUACCAUGAGCAUUCAGAAAUGAUACUGGCUAAUGAAAUUGUUAAAACAGUGUUUACCAAAUGUGAGUCGCAUACCACCUUUCUGAUUUCAUAUAUACAUAAUCCUGUGCCAUUGUUUAAUUAUUUUUAACCUUAGUUUUCAGCCUUAUAUUUUUAAACAUAGCCUUGUUUUGAGCAUAUUCCACAUUUUAUGUACUAGUUAUAUUAUUUCUAAUAAACAUUAAAGUAAAUAUAUAACUAUUAGAGAGAAAUUGUUCAUCCAUGUAGCACUCCACUUAAAAUCAUCUCAGGGCUGUCUAGUGGUGUACAUAUACCACUGUGUGAGAAACAUUGGUAUAACAUAUACUUACACAGUGACCUCAUCAUAUUUUCUGUGAUUCAACCAUAUAAGAAGAUACCACUGUAGCUUCAGUAAUAGGAUUCUACAAAUAAUUUAUUGAUUAGCUUAUUGCUUUGAGGUUUUGAGAACUAGAACAAUAUUGAAAUCUAUCAUUAACAUUAUUUGCAGCCUAUUCAUGAUGGCGUUGAGGAUAAUUUGCAUGUAAUCAGCCAGGGUCAAAAUAUAAUUAUUGAAAAUUGUAAAAUGCAGAAUUGGUAAAUAGAAGUUGUUAAUCCAUAUGGGACCAUUGGAUACUUUUAAAUAUAAAUUACCAAAUUAUAUUUGUAAGCGACAGAGAAUCAUAUUCUUAUUAUACUAGACAGGGAAAUAUAAUUUUCUAGUUCUGUAGGUCAGUAAACAUUAAUCAUGGUUUUGGGGUUUGAGAUCACUUUUCUUUGUCAUCAACAAGCAUCAUUAAUAAGUUCAAGUGGGUUUAGCUUGUAUUUUAAUGAGGUGUAAAGGCAUUUCAGAUUUUAAAUAAAUAAAUGUGGUAGUUUACAGCCCCCCCUCCAGAAUACAAAUUAUUAAGCUGUCAAAACUUGGCAUGAAAAUAUUACUAUUACUUAGGCUUAAAAUUUAAAAAAAUAAUGGGUACUUGGGCCUGACAUUACUGAAUCAAAACACAUACGUGCAUGGUUCAAGCAUCCUAAUUAUUAGUGCCAACACGUCAUACUACGGGCAGCUACUGGCUAAGUGCCUAAUCCCAGUUCAUUUUCCUCUUGGGAAGGAAGGAUAAGAAUAGGGCCUGUAGAUACCGUGUGGAAAUAUUUAACCAAGCCUCUGACCCUUCUUAACAUUUAAGGUUGUAUGACAUUGUCAAGUUUACCAGUGCUGCCUUUUGAUCUGUGGAUGAGAGGAAUUGUGAUAAUCAGUGUUAAAGAUGGUAAUAAUAUUUAAAACUCAGAGCUUAAAAAUGUCAAUGCAAAAAUUCUAUUUUUAAGGUAUUGAAAUUUGAAAUAAUAGUGUUUUCUUGAUUUUAAUGUGAAAUGAUGGAGAAAUAUACCUUUAUAAAUUAAUCUGCAAACUCAGGUUGUGUCCUAUAAAAAGUAGUUUAAACUGUUUAAACGGUGUUUUAUGUUUAUUUGUAAUCCAUUAACAUUGAAGUUUUCAGUACCAGAGCAGUGAAUUUUUGGGGGGGAAGUAUUAGUUAAAUCUCUCUAUUCAUGUUAGCCAUAUUGGUAAUGACAAUUACCAGCCUUUCCCCAAAUGUAAAUAUUAAGUCACCUCAUUUUUCUCCUAAAAAAGAUACCAUUAUGAGGCACAUAUUUUUCAUUGGGUGGUCACUUGCUUCUUGUUUCAUUGACAGAUGAACAAGAAAAACAAGAAAAAGAGUGAGAGAAAGAAGGAAAGAAAGGGAAAGGAAGGAAAAAGGGUAGCAAAGAAACAAGAGCAUUCUUUUCUGUUGCCCCUUGGCUUUAUCCCUUACACAGCUAAAGUGAGAGAUGGUGAGAUAGGUGAGGACAGGAAUCAAGGGAAGUGCCUAGUCCUCUUUUCAUUAAUGGGAUGCCAGGAAAUGUGCCAGUGCUGUAUUUACCAAAGAGGAGACCUUUUGAGCUUUAUUUUGAGUGGCAGUUAGGACUGAUUUUUCAUUGAGUGAUACAUUGUAGCUUUAGAACAUUACCUCUGUACUCAAGUACUACACUAGUUUUUAUGCUUAACAUUUAUUCAGUAGGUAUAUAUUUUUUGAACACCUGUUAUGGGUCAGGCACUGUGCUGACACUCUUUUAACAUGUUUUAAAAUGGAGAGGCCUAUAUAUGUUUUAGACAUUAUUCCAGAAGUAACAUACAAAGAGAUACUUUAUUUUCAUUUCAUGGUAAAAGAGCAAAGUCUGAAAUCUAUUGUGGUUUUUUUUUUUUGGCCUACAGUUUAUGAAUAUUUUUCAGGGUCUGCUGGUAAUGGAAUAAAUUUGAUUUUGAUACCUAAGAAUUUCCUAAAGAUAGACUUGUAAUUAGGGAGUAUGUUAAGUUACACAUGGGCCUACACUUAAUUUUUUGUUUUUAUUCUGAACAUUUUGAAAGCACAUUUGCAGGGGUACUAAAUUGUGAAGCUGCUAUAAUAACAAUAGUUUCUAGAUGACCUCAGGAAACUAUAUAAAUAAGUGAGAAAUGUUUACAGAUUCUCGAAACAACUACGAUAGCGCUUGGCCAAAUGAGUUUAAGAAGUAGAACAGAAGUUUCACUAGCUAUUUAGAAACUGGUUUACAGGGAGGUCUAACCCCAGUUUCCUCUGGUUUUUCCUAUUUAAAAUGAUAAAAUUGUGAUUAUGUGUCAAUUAUGAGAAUAUUUUUGUCAUAACCAAAUACAUAUCUGUAUUUAAGAUUUUGUUAUUUAGUGGUUUUAUUUUUUUUUAAGAUUUUAUUUAUUUAUUUGACAGAGAGAGCGACAGCAAGAGAGGGAACACAGGCAGGGGGAGUGGGGGAGGGAGAAGCAGGCUUCCUGCUGAGCAGGGAGCCCGAUGCGUGGCUCGAUCCCAGGACCCUGGGAUUAUGACCUGAGCCGAAGGCAGACGCUUAACGACUGAGCCACCCAGGUGCCUCUGUUAUUUAGUGUUUUUAAAACAGAUGUGAAAACCACCUUUUUGGGUGGCAAGGCGAGUGGUAGUUGGUGUCAGUUCUAAGAGUGGUUGAUUCCUGUUUUCUUAUUUUAAAUGCUCCAACAGAGCUAUUUUACUAUAUAUGAUAGCUCUUAGCUCGCAUGUGUGAUGAUUUUAGUGAUUUUAUACAAUAGCUGAAUAAAAUUUUCUGAAGAUUAAGCUGUUAAAUGUAUCAUUCACCCAAUUUUUGUAGUACAAAAUAACACUCUGCCUUUUCCUAAAUUCAUAAUUUGUCUGCAUGUUACCUGAUCAAAUAAGCCUAAAUCAAAUACCUUAUGUGCAAUAAAAUUGAGUCUUUAUAUAUUAUCCAGUGCAUUAAGAAAGAUGAUUUUUAGAUAUUUAAAAUGUUUUGGUUCAUGUAGAAAUCAUCAAUUUAAAUCUGUUUAAAAGAUGACUGUAUUUUUAAUUUUGAGUAGUGCUGGUUAUAUAGCAUUCCUACUGUUUUAUCUUUUUUUUGCAGUGUUUUUAGAAAACAGCUAUGUAACUUAUUGAGCAUAAUUUUGAUGUUACUGUAUAAAAAUGCAUAAUAAAUAUUUUUCUUUGUUU